UUUGUCUCAUGCUGCUGAUGUCACUUCUUGUCCGUCUCAUAUAAAUCAACCCUGUUUCCCAAAAGCUGAACAACACGCUGACCCAGAGUCCAACACAUGCUCUCUGAAAACAUGAUACAGGUAACUUUAUUGUCACCUUUGCUUCUUCUCGUGGCCUCGGUCCACGGCAGCCCUGAGUUUCACCUGCCCAUCGACUGUGACGACAUCUAUCAGCAUGACAACACCACCCCCAGUGGGGUGUUCACCAUCUACCCAGGAGGUCCCAACUCUCCCCUGCAGGUCUACUGUGACAUGGAGACCGAUGGAGGCAGAUGGACUGUAUUUCUCAAGCGGGUGGAUGGAACUGAAAGCUUCUACAGGUCCUGGAAGUCCUACAGAUCUGGAUUUGGGAACGUGGCUGGGGAAUAUUGGCUCGGCCUGGAAAACAUCUUCCUACUAACUAUUAGGAAGAAGAACGAGCUGAGGGUGGACAUGGAGGACUGGGAGGGAGGAAAGGCCUACGCCCAGUACUCCUCCUUCUCCAUUGACUCAGAGAACGUCAACUAUCAGCUUCACCUGGGCAGCUUCACAGGAGGAGACGCAGGGGACUGUUUGACAAAUCACAACUCCAUGAAGUUCACCACCUUUGACAAAGACCUGGACACGUGGGAAAAGAACUGUGCACAGCAUUAUCUCGGAGGGUUCUGGUACAACGCCUGCCACUGGGCCAACCCCACCGGCAUAUACGCACCUCACAAUGCCAUCGGAUUGGACAACGUACAAGUCAUAUGGAAAACGUGGAAGGGUUUCAACUAUUCACUCAAAACUAUUGUAAUGAAGAUAAGAUCUGUCAAGAAGUGUUCCUGCACACAGUAACCUGGUUAUAUGGAGGUGCUUAAAUUAAUUAUGGUGAGGUUUGGACCCUCAGGAUGUGGAAGAUCAGCAUCUCUUUGUGCCUGUAACUUAUUUUAAAUAGCAACAAUAUGUCUGGAAAAACAUUUAGCAGACAAAUAAAGGCAUCACCACGUACUGUACUGUACAUGGAAAUCCAA